GAGACCAAGACGAUUUGGUUCUGUGGCGUUUCGAUGUGCCACUGAUGAAGACUAAUGAAUCUUUCGGAAACGUAAAUUUCAGAACUGCCUGUGUCAACUAGAGCUCGGAGAUGUACACCGUUAACGACAUCAGUAGUUGCACUUAGCAAACAGUCAAACGCCGCCGCCGCUGCAUGUGAGGAGGACAGUAUAGACGAUGUGUGUUUAUCGCACAGCGCAAACGUUUUGCUGCUCUCCCUGGGCUUAUAUGGAAUUGAGCGUAGAUGUUUGUGGAGAUUGCACUGCUCCUUCCCCCCAGUGGGCUUCGGUCAAUCGUGGUGUUUUUCUGUGCGACGAAUGCGCUUCCAUCCAUCGACAGUUGGGAAGGCACAUCAGCCAAGUGAAACAUUUGAAAAAAUCCUGCUGGCGCCCCACCCAGUUGGAGAUGGUUCGCUAUCUGGCUGCGGCGCACGUCAAUCGCUAUUGGGAACACGUGCUUUACGAACACAUGCUUGCUGGUCAACACCUCACACGAAGUGCAUCCGGUAGUGGUAGACAACCUAAAACACUGGCCAGAAAACCCAAACCGACCGAUCCACUGCACCCGAUCAAAGCGGAUUUCAUUCGUGAGAAGUACUUAUUCAUGGGAUUUUUCAAAAAGCCUCGCAGUGUGAAUCAGGAGGAUUUGGACCAGCAGUUACAUGCCAGUGUACGGACCGAUGUGUUGGAAAAGAGUUUACACCUGCUCAUAUCUGGCGCCAACCCUAACUUUAUACAUCCCACCAAGGGCACCUCUCCAUUACAUGUUGCGUGCUAUUAUGGUCGAAAUGGCCAAGUGGAGGUUCUCUUGGCCUACGGUGCCGAUUUGUGCGUCCGAGACGCUGCCGGUCAGACGCCGAUAGACGUUGCUAUAAGCCGUGCGUUGUCUGACGCCGAACUCACUUGUUCCCUGCCGAAUGCCUCUUCGUUGACACCGGAACAAAAGCUACGUCUCGCUUGGUCACCUCUAGUCGAUCUGCUCGUUAGCGCUUACUACGAAGUCACCGAUGGUUUGGCAUAUUUCCUCGCGCGCAGUGUGCCCGAUCACAAAGCAGCGGCGCUCGGCUCACCGGUGCACCACUUAUCUUCCUCACAAACUGACGCGUUGAACACCACUGCCUCCGUCUCCUCGUCACCACCUGUCACUGCGAAUAAUGGACACUUUCUCAUCCGCACCUCUGUGCUUCAGACUCUUAACGAACGUGCGUCUGGCGAUGGUCUCAAUGGUGCGGACCAUUGGAUUCAUGAGGCAAGGCGCAGACUGACUCAACUCUCCACACCUGCCAUCGAGGAUCUGUGCAUCGACGUGUACGAUGAAGCUGAAAGACGUCUAACCAACACUUUCGUAGAAAAUGUGGAUCCAACCGUCUCAUUACACAAAGUCAAUGGUUUCGCCGCUACCGGAACUGCCCAGUCCGACUUCGCUUCCCCAUCACACAAGCUCGCCAACGGAUCCUGUGGCGUGGAUCGAAAUUUGACCUUGUAUUUCCUUCCACCCAACACAACUUACUCUUCAGUUCGCAAUCAAGCGCGGCAAAAGUUGGGUCGUCUGUCCACAGUGGAAUUUCACACCCUUGUGCUCGAUGUCCUCGUAGAGGUGUCUGCGCAUUUACUUCCACUUUUCCCCCCUCUUCGUCCUCAGCACCAUAACGCAGUGCCCGCCACUAGUCGGCACCACCCUUAUUCCACAUAUUUCGCAGUCACUCCUUUGGAAGAACUUCCCGUAUCGGUCUCCAAGCGAUUGACUCCGUUGCCACCUCCUCCACUAGUGGAGCCCAGACUGUUGGGUUUGGGCUCCCCCACUGAACAACCAACUGCCCCAUUGACUGCAAAUUCCAGUCGCCCGAGCAGUCCUGAACUGGAUCCGACGCAAGAUGUUUCGCCAAGCGCGCUCAUCAACUCCGGCAGUUCGAAUGACAAGAUUGUCUGUCGGAACGGCGAUCGACGAGAUCGCAGCCGUGGCACUGAUCCGGUUUAUGACCAGGUCGCAGGCGAAUCAGAUGCUUUCGGCUCGAUGACUCAAAGCGGCUCAACUGCUCCCCUCUCCACUCUCUCCUCUUGUUCCACGGUCAACGAUCCGACCGAGACCAUCUCUGUUGGCAGCAGGUCAAGUGAUCCGACGUGUGAAUUAAACAAAUCCAGCGUCACAUCAGCCACACGUACUCCAAUCAGUUUGUUUGACCUGACCGCCAGUGGCCAUAUCCCCCCUGUGUCUCAUGCCGCAGACUCUGACAUCACCACAUGCGUAGGUCCAAUUCCAGGUUCCCGGCGUCUUCAUCUACCGCACACCGGUCGCGUUGUGCAACGCAGAGCCAGUGUCCCAUGUGUUCAAAAUGGCGUGGUCAAAUUUUCAGCCGAGUGCCCUCUUUCGCCUAUCCUUGAAGCUACCAACCUCGCUUUAGAUCCACUUUCCCGCGGCCCCACAUUCAGCAAUACACAAUCGGCCAAACUGUGCGAUCCGUGCUGUGUCGCCGCUCGCAACGAAGUCGAACGUCUACGCAAAGAAAAUAUGGAUUUGCGCGUCAAGAUGUCUGAAUUGCAAGAGGCGAAAAACGCGGUGGAAGAGCGUCUACGAAACUUGGAGGACCGCGUGCAGCAGGUUGAUUCGGUCGUUGAAACCCUGAAAGACGAAAAGUCUGCUUUGUUGGCUGCCUUUUCCGCCGGUAUGAUAAUGACUCAUAUUCCUCCUGGUCCUCACAAACCAAGCACUCGGACAGCUCCGUCUGAUCGAGCCACUGUUGACGCAGCGGUUUCGAGUGGCAACCAAUCGCAACAGGCAUGCUCCUUCUCUGACACGUAUGAUGAGGAUUACAAGGUGAAUUACGCAGACCGACGACCGGACACAGGUAACUAUUCCGUUGGAUCCCAUUGUUUGGACUCCGGUAUCCUGCUACGCCAAGGGAUUAUACUACGCGCCGGUGGAGGCAGUCGAAGUGGUUCUCCAGCUUCGUCCAGUCCGUCAUCCCAGUCGCUGUCGGUAGCGUCAGCGACGGUCGCUCCAAACAGCCCGUUGGUCAAAACCAAAGAGGAAUGUUUGUCUGCUGGAUCCUCCCAGUCCAGUAUCAAUGCCCCGGGGGUAGCACGAUCUCAUCUGAUACCGUACGUGAAUAUGCCUCCGACACAACCGCAACGAGUUAUCGCAAUGAUCAAGGGCACACCUACACCUGCAGCGAAUGAACCCCGAGUGCUUUCGACCACCAUUCCAAGCUCGGCACUAAUCACCCCAAAUCCAUCGGACACAGCGACCGAUUACACCUCUCCUAAUUCGACCGGAUCCGCCUCCCCUGCUCCUAUUCCUCCGGCUGAGAAUUUAGUGACCAAGCCGAUUACAAACAACGGCCGCCCAGAACCUGGCAACAGGCAUCCUGGUCAACGUCAUCAACAGGAAAUCCAGACCCCCCACAAUGACCAAAUACUGACUUCCGUCUCCGCCUCGCUUGAUUACGAUGUGCCACCGGACCAAAUUGGAUACUCAGCCAGCUCCAACGUGACAAGCAGAGUCAUUAUCCCUUACGCGCCGGGAAUUAACGGCAGCCCCACCAGGUUUCGAGCUCCCACUUCGGAUCGUGUCGUUCGAUCUGUGGAGGCCAUUAUUGUGCGAAUUCGCGAACUGGUGCAGCUGGCAAACGGUAAACAAACCGGGGACUUCGCCCACUGUUCGCUUCUCAUUCAAUCCGCCGCGAAAGACAUCCUGAGCCUGUUCCCUCCGUUCGGGCAGUGUCCAAGCCGAAUUGAACGUGCGCUUCUCGAUCUAUCCUCUGCAUCCAAUCAAUUGCGGCCGCAUUGUGAGCUCAUGUCACGUCGGUUGAAGUCUUCCGGUGCAGCUCAGCGUCAAGGUAGCGGGGCCACCGGUGUAAUUCCCCGAGCUCUCGCACCCGAAGUGAAUACGCUGAUUCAGCAUACACACCAAAUUGCUAAAGCUGCCAAGGAGCUACUAUCCAUUUUCCAACGUUCCUCAUGAUCUCCCAUCGGGCUUCCAUUGCGUCUGCCUUGUCGUGCUCUCCUAGUCCUCUUGAUUUCAGUGCUUUAUCAAGGUACCAAUUCCGUAAUUGAUGUUCACUUCCACUCUCUUUCACGCCUUUUGCAUUCAUGCCGUUGUACAGUGAAAUGCGCCAUCUUUUUGAUUCGUUAUUCUCUUUUACGGUGUUCACGUGACGCACUCAUCAUUCUUGGUUUUUCUUACUUGUAUUUUAUACCCACUAACUUACCCCUGGUACUUUGCACAUACAUUUGUGAUUGUGUCUUCUCUCUUUGGCAUCUUUUAAUUUUCCUUUCCCUUUGACCAUUAUUAUUAAACCAUAUGUUUUCUUCA